AUUUAGUUGACCAACCGACAAAACGUCAAAAGGACGUAUUUUUGCAAACAUAAAAAAAUAUUUUUUGUUUUUUGGCUUUUUGUGGUGAAAAAAAUGGAAAAACCUCCUGUAAAACGCUACUAUCGAAGGGAAGAGGAAAGCGAGAGUGAUGGAGAGGACGAUUCAAACUACGUACCGUACGUUCCGGUGAAGAAACGGAGGAAAGAACAACUCAUGAAACUCGGAAGGAUCGUCCAGCUGACGACGGAAGCAUCCUCGGCGAAUAAAUCCUCCAGCGAGAACGAACACGACGAGGAGAGUGAGGAAGUGUGGGGCAGGAAGUUCAAUAUAAGUCUCCUCGAUCAGCACACGGAACUGAAGAAGAUUGCUGAAGCGAAAAAAGUGAGUGCAGUGGAGAAGCAAUUGAAGGAGGAGGAGAAGAUUCUCGAGAGUGUGGCGGAAAAGAAGGCCCUGAUGGGUGUGGCGGAAUUGGCAAAGGGUAUACAGUAUGAGGACCCUAUUCAGACAAGCUGGAAACCUCCUGCGUUUGUUUUAAGUCGUCCGGAAACGCGACAUGCGGCUCUGCGGCAAAAGUUACGGAUUCUCGUCGAAGGGGAAUCCCUACCACCUCCGAUAGCGUCUUUUCGGGACAUGAAAUUCCCUAAAGGGGUCCUUGUGGGUCUUCAGAAGAAGGGAAUCAGACGACCGACGCCGAUUCAAGUGCAGGGAUUACCAACUGUGCUAUCGGGGCGAGAUCUCAUUGGGAUAGCAUUCACAGGAUCUGGAAAAACAUUGGUCUUUGUACUGCCCAUCAUAAUGUUCUGCCUGGAGCAGGAAGUUCGUUUACCAUUCAUACGCAAUGAAGGUCCCUACGGAUUGAUCAUUUGUCCAUCGCGGGAAUUGGCUAAGCAAACACACGACAUAAUCCAGUACUUCUGUAAUCACCUGAUGACCAGUGGAAUGCCCCAGAUACGCACCUGUAUCGCCAUCGGAGGUACUCCUGUUAGUGAAGCAAUUGACGUCAUUCAGCGUGGUGUUCACAUAAUGGUAGCCACUCCCGGACGACUAAUGGAUAUGCUGGAUAAGAAAAUUGUCACGUUGGAUUGGUGCAGAUACCUCGUAAUGGAUGAAGCAGACAGAAUGAUUGACAUGGGCUUCGAGGAGGAUGUACGCACAAUUUUCUCCUUCUUCAAGGGACAACGUCAGACACUUCUCUUCUCGGCCACUAUGCCGAAGAAGAUUCAGAAUUUCGCACGAUCAGCUCUGGUGAAACCUGUAACGAUUAAUGUGGGACGUGCAGGUGCAGCGUCGAUGAAUGUGACGCAGGAAGUGGAGUACGUGAAGCAGGAAGCGAAGAUUGUGUACUUGCUGGAUUGCCUCCAGAAAACGGCUCCACCUGUGUUGAUUUUUGCUGAGAAGAAGCAGGAUGUGGAUGCAAUUCAUGAGUACCUUUUGCUGAAGGGCGUGGAAGCUGUGGCAAUUCACGGUGGGAAAGAUCAAGAGGAACGAUCGCGGGCUGUUGAGGGAUUCCGGAAGCAAGAAAAGGAUGUCCUCGUUGCAACUGACGUGGCUUCCAAGGGUCUUGAUUUCUCCAAUGUCCAGCACGUCAUUAACUACGAUAUGCCUGACGAUGUGGAGAAUUAUGUUCAUCGCAUUGGACGUACGGGUCGAUCGGAAGGCACCAAAGGUCUAGCCACGACGUUCAUCAACAAAUCUACCGAUCAAUCGGUUCUGCUUGAUUUGAAGCAUCUGCUGAUUGAGGCAAAACAGAAGGUUCCACCCUUCCUCGCGGAACUCUGCUCCGAAUCCGAGAAGUACCUCGAUUUGGGUGAUUCACAGGGAUGCAGCUACUGCGGUGGUUUGGGUCACAGGAUCACUGAAUGUCUCAAAUUGGAGGCUGUCCAGAGCAAACAAGCAUCCAAUAUUGGACGACGGGACUACUUGUCCAACACUGCGGCUGAUUAUUAAUUUAUUUAUUUUUAUUAUUUUAAAAUUUUACCAAAUUAAAAUAAAAUUUAUUUAAAAGCUUUA